AUGGUCUACUGCUAUGGUGUAAAAGAAGGCGGAGACGAUGCUUUCAACAAGGUUAAAGAGCUGUAUUAUGCAGAAACUGUCCAGUUAGAAAAGGACUACCUGCUCCGAGGCUUAGGAUGCCACAAGAACAUUACAGCCUUGAAAGGACUUCUUCUGCUGGCCUUGGACCGUAAUUCGUCGUUUGUUCGCCUACAAGAUCUGCCUGACGUUUUCCUCGCAGUGUCCGAAAAUCCCGUGGGCAAAGAAUUCAUGUUCAAUUUCCUCCUGGAACGGAGGACAUUCUCAAAAGGAAAUGGAGUUGCACAAAAGAAACUGAGGAAUCUACAGAAGAAUGGUCGACAUGGUCGAGAUUUCCGUGCAUUUGACGAGGAAAUCGAGCGAGAAGGACAGAAGAUCAAAUGGAUCAAGAAACAUUUUAAGAAACUAUCAGAGUUUUUCAAAAAUCAUCAUCCAAGUGAUGACACCACUUCUUCAGAAGAACUGCGCCUUCCAACAAGCAUAAAACCGGUACUGUACGAUUUGACCAUCAAAACGUAUCUGCCUGGGUACGUGAAAUUUCCACCAGAGAAAAAUCUCACAUUCGAUGGGCAAGUGGGAAUUUCCAUGGUGGUAGUGGAGCCAACCAAAAGUAUCGUGCUGAAUGCCAAGAAAAUCACGGUGAUACCAGAAAAAUGCGAGGUCUUCGCGGUAAGUUUACAUUCUUCCAUAGGCGAAAAACAAUGCGAAGAGAAAAAGGAUCCACCAAAACUUGUUUGUAGAGAACCCGACGGUGAUUGGAUCACAUCAAAAUUCAAAACCACCUCCUACCACGAAUGUCUUCUUAUCUGCUGGCCGUUAUUGUCUCAGAAUUCAAAUAUAUUGAAGGGCGCACGAAAAGCGGUGUGCGGUUCCGAAUAUGGUCACGUCCAGAGGCGGUAA